UACUAACUGUUAUUUUUCAAGUACUUCAGGUACGUAUUUGUAAAAUAGAAUAUAGAAUUGCUUUUGAAUUAUGCUUAAACGAUAGUCCAUUGUUCUCCUGAGUGAUUUACAGAGCUGUUCUGUUUCCUACGAGACACAUUUGAGUGGCGCUCUGGGAAAACGGGGCUUAAUGAAUGUUCUAAAAAAUGGCGAGUCAGAUUAGCCUAUGCAAUACGCACAGGCUAAUAAGGGAGGACAAUUUCCGCCUACACUGGAUUUUCGCUUAGAAGAUACUAACUUGAAACGAAAAGUAACAUACAAGCGAGAAGUUUCGUCCCAUAUCAUCCUGCUCGUUCAACACAGGUAAAUCAGGAACAAUAUUUUACGAACUUGCAUUAAGCUCCGUUUUCCCACAGCGCCGCUCAUUAACAAAGGUUCUAUCAGCUACAACCAUUCUUCAUAGCAUUUUUUUCAGAAUGGUAAACAUGACGAAAGAGUUCCAUGAUGUCUUUAAGAUAAUGUAACAAUGAUCUGGUUGUACCGUAUGACCGUGGACGAUCAGGUUUAUAUAGCGUUUUUUUAUUCAAUGUUGUUAAAUUUAUUGCAGCGAUUAAUAUUUGAUUUUAACUAAUGAGUUUACUCUUAAAUAAACGAAAUCGACCGCUUGUGUCGAAUAAUAUACGGUAUUUAGCAACCUCCAUGCAGAGAUUUGACGGGAACCAGAACAGCUAGAGCAAGGAACGACAACUCUGCAUGGCGAUUGGGUAUUUAGGAGUUACAUUUAGCAGAGCGAUCGGAUCAGACGGUGGUGUAACCUGCCAGCGUUACAAAUUGUCAUUUUGUUGUCAUGGAGUUUAGGGUUACCGGGAGUGUGACUGAGCCAGCAUUCAACCACAACAAACAUGGUGUCACGCAGGAAAUGUUGCAGGACUGGCUAACACUACUCAUGAAUAAAAACGCAGAAGAUGUCACCGCUGCUCAACCAGAUAUGGGUGCUUCGAUAAAGAAAGAAAGUGUGCAGUUCUUGUUCCAGACUUGUGACAAACUGAAAAUGUCUCCAGAGGUGAAAUACCUCAGUCUUGAGCUUUUUGACAGGUUCAUGCUCCAGCAUGUAAAUGAUCUGCAUCAGCACGUGUUGAAGUCUGGCAACCUGAAGACACGUGACAAGGACUGGCUCGACAUCAAGAAACGUGUGAGCAACCAAGUGGUCCUCCGCAUCAUCACGUGCAUACAGAUUGCCAGCAAGCUUACAUCACAUUAUCGGGUCCUAAGCCCACACAGGGCACGAAGGUUCUUGCAGGACGCGGGCCACCGCUACAACACCGAGUCCAUAAUGCAGUCCGAGCUGAGAGUCAUCAAGACUCUGAACUUCAGACUUGCCAAGCACUCUCCACUGGUAUACCUGGAAGCCAUUCUCGAGUCUUUAGGUCACAUGGAUCCCAGUGCCAAUAUCCUGAAGCUACACGACCUGGGCAUGAAGUUGCUAGACCUUGUAUACCUCCAAUAUGAUGAUGUCUAUUACAAGCUGUACCAGGUGGCUACCGGAGGAUCCCCUAGCACCAGCCAACAAAUUGACAGUUUUGCCUCUGUCCGCGCUGAUAAGAUGUUAUUAAUGGUUUCCAUAGUGACCGCUUCAGCAUAUAUCAUAGAGAAUGAAUCACAUCAAAAGACUAUGAUCAUGUUAAGCAAACUGACCAAGAUACCGGAGGAAGACAUUGCAGAUUUUGCCUCCGUCAUUUUCAAUCUGGUAGUAGAUACAAGAGAGGACUAAUUUAACCACGAUUUUCAAAGCUUUUCAAAAGUACAUACAUUAUUAUAUUAUUAUGAUUUUAAUUAUUCUCUUUCAAAGUUGAAUCAAACAAUCUUUAAUGAGACUAAACAUAAUUUUAGAAAUUUUGGAAUGAUAACAUCAUAUAAUUUUUUAAACCUGGUUUAUGUCAGUAUCAAUGAAAACAAUUAAUACAAGAUUACAAUUGAUGUUGUUUCAGAUUACAUCCAUUUUUCAUAUACCAAAACUACAGUAAAAUAGAUUCAAUCUGGUCUCUGGGUAAACCAGGCUUAAGGCAUGACAUGCGUAAAGUAUUGAUCCACAUAAGCACGUGAAGCAAUCACAGGCUUCCGGUAAUCAGAGACGACACUUUCAAUUUGUUAUGGAAUUAUUUCUUUAGAGAAAGUAUUCACAAAACAAUUUCUUCUAGGCGGAGUGUAUUCUCCCAGAUUAGCCUGUGCAGACUGCGCGGGCUAAUCUAGGAUGAUACAUGACGCACAUGCAUUAACCCGUGUUUUACCAGAGACCUGCUUAUCUGUAAAAAAACGACAACACAACAAACAAAUUACACACAUUUAACUAUUUGAUGUCUUUAGGCUCAGUUUUUAUCUUUUUUCGUUACAUUUGUUUGAUUUUAAUUU